AUGGUCCAGAAAAAAGUGAGCUUUGCCGUCAGGCCAAAGCUGCACAUGUACUACACGGAACCCAGCGAUACAAAGCGACGGCGAAAGCGGUUCAAGGAAACAGUUGAGACAGAAGAGUGGAUCAAAACUUACUCAAUUCUACUUGAAGGAUGCUAUCGGAAGCCAGUCCAGGAAAAGCUUGAUGCCUUUGUUAUCUUAUCUGACAAAGACUACAUCCGAGGAAAGGAGUGUAUCAUCUGCAAGGACUUUGCCCAAGAGAGAGCAGAACUGCGCUUGAAAGUAGUUCAAUCUGUUAUCGCACGAGAAAUGUCAUUGAAGAUUGAUACUUCCAAAACGCUGGAUGAUAUUGCAGACGAGCUGUGUGCUGUUUCACAAAAGCAUAGCUGCUGCGCAAGAACAUUUGCACGGCACAUGGGAAAGGCGGACGAACUGGCUGCAAGAGUGGGCGAGGACAACGAUACGGCGAUGCGUCUGAUCUACAGACUACAUGGACAAAGCAUGAAGUCCUUGUCGGCAACUCUGGCGUAUGUUGGACAUGAUUAUGUUGUGCCGGGUGUAUGUCAGUUUGCACACCUAUGCUGGCGGUCAGGCAUUCUUUGUUCCGGUGUUGUAUAG